AUUGCUGUGUCGCGCAUGCUCAGUCGCUCCUGUGUCCCGGCAGGAAGAUGGUGUCCGUCAGGAUGAAGCCGCGCGUGCUGUCGGUGUUCCUGCUCCACCUGUGCGCCACCUGCGUGUCCGCCCUGUACUUCCACAUCGGGGAGACGGAGAAGAAGUGUUUCAUCGAGGAGAUCCCGGACGAGACGAUGAUCAUCGGUAACUACCGCACUCAGCUGUACGACAAACAGAGAGAAGAAUACCUGCCGGCCACUCAGGGUCUGGGCAUGUUUGUGGAAGUCAAAGAUCCUGAUGACAAGGUGAUUCUGUCCCGUCAGUACGGCUCGGAGGGAAGGUUCACCUUCACCUCACACACACCUGGAGAGCAUCAGAUCUGUCUGCACUCCAACUCCUCCAAGUUCUCGCUGUUCGCCGGAGGCAUGCUGAGGGUUCACCUGGACAUCCAGGUGGGCGAACACGCCAACAACUACGCCGAGAUCGCUGCCAAAGACAAACUGACGGAGCUGCAGCUGAGAGUCCGACAGCUGGUGGAGCAGGUGGACCAGAUCCAGAAGGAGCAGAACUACCAGCGGUACCGCGAGGAGCGUUUCCGUCAGACCAGUGAGAGCACCAACCAGCGCGUCCUCUGGUGGUCCAUCGUGCAGACGCUCAUCCUGGUGGCCAUCGGCAUCUGGCAGAUGAGACACCUGAAGAGCUUCUUCGAAGCCAAGAAACUGGUGUAACUGUUCUCCAUGCGGAGUGUGUGUGUGUGUGUGCGAGCCUGUGUGUGUGCGAGCCUGUGUGUGUGCGUGUGUGCGAGCCUGUGUGUUUGUAUGAGUGUGUGUUUGUAUGAGUGUGUGUUUGGUCUCUACUGAUUGAUGCAGUACUGAGCGGUGGCGGCGGCGGACAAACUGCUGAAAGACGUGACGCAGAGAAAAGCAGCUGCACGAUUCGGCUCUUUAGAUUCUGUUUGUUCCUUCCUGUUUGCGUGGACGGUGAAACGUGACGUCUGUAUUUAUUUCACAGGAUUUUUCUGAACACGCUCGUCCCGUCGACGCCAACAGGAAGUUUAAAUCUUUGUUUUUGGUUCCUUCUCUUUUUUCUUCCUCGUUGCUCUCCGUGACGAGGACGUGACGUGUUACUGCAGAACGAUGAAUCCUCUGUAAACAAUCUGAAACAUUUUCAUCUGGAAGCUUCGAUUUCUUACGUGACUCACAACGUGACGCUCAAACUGCUCCGGUGGUCAUGUGGCGUUCAGGAACACGGGCAGAUUAAAGUGUUUCGGGGUAAUCGUGCAACCUGAGCUGUCACCACGUGAAGAAACCGUAAGUCGUGAGUGUUCACGCGGACGCGUCACGUUACACGAAGCCUUGCAGGACGAGUAAAAGCUCAAAUCUUCUUCCAGGUGAAAUCAAACCAAAUGUUUGUUUCUGUUCGUCUGGUUCUGGUUCUGGCUCGGUGUCGGUUUCAAAAUCAAAAUAAUUUGAUCGUCUGACGUCCAUCGAACGCCACCGUGGUUUUUUAAAUCUGUCGGUCUGAGUGUAGUUCCUCUAACUUUCUUAGGCGUCCGUUACGGCUGCAGUGUCGAUUGUUUUCUCGAUGAAUCGAUUCGUCUGGUCAAUAAAAUGUCGAUCAGUGUUUUUGACAUGAACGAUCUUUAAUUAGACACAGAGGACGACGUGAAUCAGGAAAUCUGUGAUAAAUCGAUGAAUGUUUGCAGCUCCAGCGUUCAUCCAAGAAGCGAGCAGUGAAAUCAGAUUCAACGUCUUCAUCUCAAACUUUUAGUUUCUUUCUGUCUCUUCCUUUCUUUCUGGUGGUUUGUGUUUCUGUUCUUCUGUUGCUAGAAGGUUUCAGGAAUGUUUUCGUGAGUCGAGACUUUGAAUCAGAGGAGCUGGGGUUUAUUUUAUUUUUUAGAGAUUCUGUCCAUGUGAAAUCUGUCUCUAAAAUUGCACUCGAAAUAAAGUUUUGUCACAUUUGGUUUAAACGAC